UACGCGAGGCUAAAAAUGGACGGUGCGACGUUGGUGGCAAAGUGCGUUGCGCAACAGGGCAUCGAUGUUGUCUUUGGAGUCGUCGGGAUUCCGGUCGUCGAAGUUGCUGUUGCGUUUCAGUCCGUAGGCGUUCAUUUCGUGGGGAUGCGCAACGAGCAGGCGGCAAGUUAUGCUGCAUCUGCUAUGGGAUAUCUGACUGGAAGUCCAGGCGUAUGCCUAGUUGUGUCAGGACCCGGAGUUAUCCAUGCAAUGGCUGGAAUGGUGAACGCACAAGAAAACUGUUGGCCUUUGCUGGUAAUUGGCGGUUCCAGCGAUCAAAAUCAAGAAGGCAGGGGAGCAUUCCAGGAAUAUCCACAGGUUGAUAUUUGUCGUAGCUGUACGAAGUACUCUGCCCGACCGAGCACAGUCAGUAACAUUCCAUUCGUCAUCGAGAAGGCAGUUCGAACUUGUUUGAGUGGGCGACCUGGAGUCUGUUAUGUCGACUUACCCGGAGACAUGAUCACUGCACAGACUGAGACUGCAGAUUUAAGCAUACCGUCAAGGUAUCCGGGUCCUCCGCGUCCUCUAGCCGAACCAGAACGAAUUCAAGAAGCUGUGCGGUUGAUGAGACGAGCGAAGUGUCCAUUGGUUGUCAUCGGCAAAGGAGCAGCUAGUGCACGAGCCGAACAUCCUAUACAGACAUUGAUGCAUCUCACCGGAUUUCCAUUUCUCCCAUCACCGAUGGGCAAGGGUGUUAUCGCCGACGAUCACCAACAGUGUGUCGCUGCCGCCAGAUCCACGGCUUUAUCUCAAUCUGAUGUCAUUUUACUGCUCGGUGCUCGUCUGAAUUGGAUGCUACACUUUGGACUUCCACCACGAUUUCGUGCCGAUGUGAAGUUGAUUCAGGUUGAUAUUCAUGGGGAAGAGCUGGGAAACAAUGUACAAGCUGCGGUGGGAUUACAGGGCGAUCUCCAGUCUGUUAGUAAACAGUUAUGCAACGAAUGGGUGAAGUCUGGAGAGGACAAUAGAGUCAAGACCGAAUAUCUCGACUUAUGGUGGACCAAGUUGAAGACAAAAUCAGAAGCAAACCGACAGAAAUCCAAGGAGCUCUCCGAUUUGACGACCAUACCAAUGAACUAUUACCAAGUGUUUGGCAAGAUCAAGCAGUAUGUUGAUAGAAAUACAUACAUAAUUAGUGAAGGUGCAAACACGAUGGACAUCGGUCGCACAAUGCUCGAGAACUCUCUUCCUCGUCACAGGCUCGAUGCUGGGACGUUCGGUACGAUGGGAGUUGGUAUUGGGUUUGCAAUAGCUGCUGCAAUGUAUGUGAGAGAGGGAGGAGAGAAGGCUAAUGGACGGAGAGUUGUCUGCAUCGAAGGAGACAGUGCGUUUGGCUUCUCGGGUAUGGAAUAUGAGACAGCUUGCAGAUACAACUUACCUAUUGUAUUCAUCAUUGUGAAUAACAAUGGCAUCUACAGUGGACUCAAACCUUCCGUGUGGAACGAGUCAAUCCAACCCAACCCUACACUAAGAGCUCCUCCAACAGCCUUGCUGCCGGAUGCUCGCUAUGACAAAUUAGCGUCCGUGUUUGGCGGACACGGGUACUUUGUCACAACGCCGUCCGAGCUAUCAACAACACUGCAACAAGUCUUCUCACAUCCGACGAGUCAACCGGUUAUUAUCAACGUGAUCAUAGACCCAACAUCCGACAGAAAGACUCAAGAAUUCUUUUGGCUAACAAAGUCGAGUCUGUGACACACGCUCGAGUCUGUGACGCGAGCGUCCAAGUUGGUCGCUACUCUGUAAUAAUUUAUAUUGAAAAACA